CGCGGGGGGCGGCGGGCGGGGUGGAGCGGCUCCCGCUUCCCGGCUGCGCGUAGGUGUGCGGCGCGUUCCUGGGAGCUCGGAGCGCGCAGCUCUCGCAGCCCAGCUCGGCCCCCGCCCGGCGCCGAGCCGAGGUGUCGCCGCGCCCGCGCCCUGUCGCCGCCGUGCCCGCGAGCGGGAGCCGGAGUCGCCGUCGCCCGAGAGCAGCGGAGCGCACAGAGGCCGCCGCCGCCGCCGCCGCCAUGGCCACCACGGUGCCCUGCACCCGCUUCACCGACGAGUACCAGCUCUACGAGGACAUUGGCAAGGGGGCUUUCUCUGUGGUCCGACGCUGCGUCAAGCUCUGCACCGGCCAUGAGUAUGCAGCCAAGAUCAUCAACACCAAGAAGCUGUCGGCCAGAGAUCACCAGAAGCUGGAGAGAGAGGCUCGAAUCUGCCGCCUUCUGAAGCACUCCAACAUCGUGCGUCUGCAUGACAGCAUCUCGGAGGAGGGCUUCCACUACCUGGUCUUCGACCUGGUCACCGGCGGAGAGCUGUUUGAGGACAUUGUAGCGAGAGAAUACUACAGCGAGGCCGACGCCAGCCACUGCAUCCAGCAGAUCCUGGAGGCCGUCCUCCACUGCCACCAGAUGGGGGUCGUGCACAGGGACCUCAAGCCCGAGAACCUGCUCCUGGCCAGCAAGUGCAAGGGGGCGGCUGUGAAGCUGGCGGACUUCGGCCUGGCCAUCGAGGUGCAGGGGGACCAGCAGGCAUGGUUUGGGUUCGCGGGCACACCGGGCUACCUGUCCCCGGAGGUCCUGCGCAAGGAGGCUUACGGAAAACCGGUGGACAUCUGGGCAUGCGGGGUCAUCCUGUACAUCCUGCUGGUGGGCUACCCGCCCUUCUGGGACGAGGACCAGCACAAGCUGUACCAGCAGAUCAAGGCCGGCGCCUACGACUUCCCCUCCCCCGAGUGGGACACAGUCACACCCGAAGCCAAAAACCUCAUCAACCAGAUGCUGACCAUCAACCCCGCCAAGCGCAUCACCGCGCACGAGGCGCUGAAGCACCCGUGGGUCUGCCAACGCUCCACGGUGGCCUCCAUGAUGCACAGGCAGGAGACGGUCGAGUGCCUGAAGAAGUUCAACGCGCGGAGGAAGCUCAAGGGCGCCAUCCUCACCACCAUGCUGGCCACCCGGAACUUCUCAGUGGGCAGACAGACCACCGCUCCGGCCACAAUGUCCACCGCGGCCUCCGGCGCCACCAUGGGGCUGGUGGAACAAGCCAAGAGCAUGCUCACCAAGAAGGCCGACGGCGUGAAGACCCCGACCAACAGCACCAAGAACAGCGCCGCCACCAGCCCCAAGGGGACGCUCCCUCCAGCCACCCUGGAACCUCAAACCACCGUCAUUCAUAACCCUGUGGACGGGAUCAAGGACUCAUCGGACAGCGCGCACACCACCAUAGAGGACGAGGACACGAAAGGUGCCCCCCGGGGCCCCGACUUGAGCUCGGUGAGGAGGGCUCUGGCCUGUGAGGCCGAGGGCCCCCUGCCCUGCCCGGCUCCCAUGGGCCCCUGCCUGCCCCAUGCAACCCCCAGGGCCUCUGGCGUCCUGAGCUCCAGCCGGAGGGGCUCAGGGACCGUGGAAGCCGAGGGCCCCCUGCCCACCCAUGUAACCCCCAGGAUCUCUGACAUCCUGAACACAGUGAGGAGGGGCUCAGGGACCCCAGAAACCCAGGGCCCCCCACCCUGCCCGUCUCCGGCUCUCCCAGGCCCCCCACCUGCCCCAACGCGGAAGCAGGAGAUCAUCAAGAUCACGGAGCAGCUCAUCGAGGCUGUCAACAGCGGGGACUUCGAGGCCUACGCGAAAAUCUGCGACCCAGGCCUGACCUCGUUUGAGCCUGAAGCUUUGGGCAACCUGGUCGAAGGGAGGGAUUUCCACAGGUUCUACUUCGAGAACUUGCUCGCCAAAAACAGCAAGCCGAUCCACACGACCAUCCUGAACCCGCACGUGCACGUCAUCGGGGAGGACGCGGCCUGCAUCGCCUACAUCCGCCUCACGCAGUACAUCGACGGCCAAGGCCGGCCCCGCACCAGCCAGUCCGAGGAGACGCGCGUGUGGCACCGGCGCGAGGGCAAGUGGCAGAACGUGCACUUCCACUGCUCAGGAGCGCCCGUGGCCCCGCUGCAGUGAGGAGCCCGACGGAUCGUGUUUGGCGCUGAGCCGCCCUCGGCUCACGGCCUGCCUGUCGCAUGUUUGUGUCUGCCUCUUCCUCCCCUGGUGCCUGUGUCUGCAGAAAACCAAGACCAGAGUGGUUUCUUUUUAAAAACAAGAUGACAGCAACCACCACAAAAAAGAAAAAAAAAGGAUGAAAUGGGGAAAAAAACCUAAACAAAGGAAAACGCUGUAAAAUGACUGCACUGGCGGGGCUGGAGCCUGCCGGCCACUCUGCACUGAGCUCCACUUGUCUGUCUGCUCCAGGCCUGCAGCCGGGCGGGCACUUGUCCACCGGGCAGGCCGAUCGCCCUCACGUGUUUGUUCGAUGGGGCCCACCCCCCCACCCUGCUGGCGGUGGGUCGUGUCAGGUGUCGUCUGGGGGGCUGCAGGCCACGGCCUGAGCGCAGCUGUUCCCUCUGCUUCUUUUCCCUUCCUCUACCCCCCCCCCCAGGUGGGUGUGGGCUCCUCCCGUGCCAGCGCCCCGAUGCCCCAGCGUGGACGGGCAGUGCAGCAGCCAGGCCCAUCCCGGGGAGGAUGCCUGUGAGAAGCUCUGAGGGCCCCGGCUGGCUCGGCUCUGCCCCCCUGCCAGGGGCAGGAAGUGCAGAUGGGUGCAGCUAGCUUCAGACUCGGGGGGCGGCUACCCUUGGCAGCAGCCCUGUGGGGAGGGGACCCAUGGGCUGGCCUCCCUCCUGUCCAUGGGGCGUUCCUCCAACACAGGGGGACGUUGGGCUGGAGGGCCCAGGGCUCAGGGCGUGGUCCUGAUGCAGGAAGGAGGGGCCAGAGGGGCGGGGGCUCCCUGGGCUCCAGGCCACUGCGGGGGUCCGCGCCCAAGGCAGUGUGCUCCGGGGGCCGGGCAAGCCAACCACUUGCCAGGCUUCGGGGGGCUGCAGUGUGACGGGGACCCUGAGUGGGAGGAGGGGCUGGGCUCACUUCGGGGAGGCUCAGGGAUGGCCUCGUGGUCAGAUGGCGGCCGAGAGCAGCCAGGGGUGGGGGCAGGUCCGACCGGCCUGGUCACAGAGAUCUGGGAUCCUCCUGCCCCAGUACCAGGCACUCUUCAAUUCACAUUGUUUUCAACAAAGAUUUUUUUAUCUCCCCCCAAAAUCAACCCAAGGGAGGGGCAUAGGAUGGGAAACAGGACACAGGGCCUGGUCUCCAAGGAGACUGUCCAUGCCACUCAGAGUGGACACUCAUCUGCCCACCCACAGCUGUGCUCGAACAGCUGUCCGCACCCGUGGACAUGGGAAACAUCCGCCUGCCCCACGGGCAUGGGCAGUGAGGGGCAGGGCUUGCCUCCUGCAGCGCGUGCCUGGCCACUCUCGCCUCCUGGGGCCUCCUCCCACCCCUCCUCCUCUCCGUGGAACUGCCUGUCUGGGUUAAUUUGGGGAUUUUUUUCUGGGGGAUAGUUCUUUUGCAUGCCACACCCGCUCUCCCAGCUUGAUGUCCAUGGUGUGGCCUCGCUGGCCCGCCCUGCAGGGGCCGGCGGCCGCGGUGCUGGCCGGCUUCCCUCCUCUCUUUUUGCUGAGUUUUGUUGUCUUUUCUUUCUGAGCCUUGUAAGUGUACAAAAAGUUAUUUUGUUCUGUCUCGGGAAACUGCAAAUAAAAGGCAAACAGGACAAACUG